GGCGGGCGCGGGUCGCCGCGGCCGGCCCCCGGAGGCGGGUCGUGUGCCCCCGGCCCCAGCCCCAGCCCCGAGCCGGCCGUCCCCCCGCGGCGAGGCGUCGCCCCGCUUUACGGCCCAGACUUUGUCCCCGGCGGUGCUCGGUGCGUGCACGGCAGCUCGCGCUGCGCUGCGGGCGCGGCAGGGCAAUGGCUCCCAGCUGACGGCUCCGCGUCGGGACCCGCGCCUGCCCCGCUCCGCAAAGCUUAUCCUCCAAAAGAGUAUUCACUUCUGGCCACGAUGGAAUUGUUCUGGUUGUUGCUGUUUUGCAUCCAUUUGCCAAAACCCACGUUUGCUGGAGGCAUCACCCGAGUCUAUUACCUGGGGAUCCGUGAGGUGGACUGGAACUAUGCUCCAACGGGAAAGAACAUGUUCAGUAAUCAAAGCAUUGCACAUAGCCUAAAGGCCUCAAUGUUCCUGCAGCCUGGCAAAGACAGGGUGGGAAGCACAUACAAGAAAUCUGUGUACAAGCAAUAUACAGACUCCACCUACACCACUGAGAUUCACAAACCUGGCUGGCUGGGGUUCCUUGGACCCAUCAUCCGAGCAGAAGUGGGGGAUACCAUUAAAGUACACCUAAAAAACUUUGCUAGUCGGCCAUAUACAAUCCAUCCUCAUGGUGUCUUCUACAAAAAGGACUCUGAAGGAUCCCUGUAUCCUGAUAUGUCCCCCCAGGAUCAGAAGAAGGAUGAUGCUGUCCCCCCAGGAGGGAAUUACACCUAUACUUGGACUGUUCCUGAAGAUCACAGCCCAACUGCUGAUGAUCCAAACUGCUUGACCUGGAUCUACCACUCUCAUAUUGAUGCGCCAAAGGACAUUGCAUCUGGGUUAAUUGGGCCGUUACUUACAUGCAAAGAAGGAAUACUGACUGGCACUUCUCAAAGACGCCAGGAUAUGGAUGUUGAUUUCUUUCUUAUGUUCAGUGUGGUGGAUGAGAACCUAAGCUGGUACUUGGAUGAGAACAUUGCGUCAUUCUGCACAGAUCCAGGCUCUGUAGACAAAGAAGAUGAAGAGUUCCAAGAGAGCAACAAAAUGCACGCUAUUAAUGGUUUUGUGUUUGGGAAUCUCCCUGUGGUGACAAUGUGUGCUGGGGAUCACGUUUCAUGGCAUCUCUUUGGAAUGGGCAAUGAAAUUGAUGUUCAUACAGCCUACUUCCAUGGAGAAACACUCAACAUUCGAGGCCACAGGACAGAUGUGGCCAGCCUCUUCCCAGCCACUUUUGUUACAGCAGACAUGAUCCCCAGUAACCCUGGGAGAUGGCUCCUGAGCUGUCAGCUCAAUGAUCACAUACAAGCUGGGAUGGGGGCUUUCUACGAAGUCCGGCCCUGUUCUCGGCAAGCUCUGGAACCUGCCCUGAAGGGGAAAGUUCGGAAAUACUACAUAGCUGCAAAGGAAUUGCAGUGGGACUAUGGACCUUCAGGACAUGACCAAAGCAGCGGGAAACAGCUGAGUGAGGCAGGCAGCCCUGCUGAGAAGUAUUUCAAGCGUAGCCUCUACCGAAUUGGGGGAGUGUAUUGGAAGGCAAAGUAUGUGGAAUAUACUGAUGAAAGCUUCCGUGAGGAAAAGCAGCAGUCAGAAGAAGAAAAACACCUUGGGAUACUUGGUCCUGUGAUAAAAGCUGAAGUUGGUGACACCAUCCUGGUGAUGUUUGUUAACAAAGCCUCCUGGCCGUUCAGCAUCCAGCCUCAUGGAGUGUCUUAUGGGAAGGCAUGGGAAGGGAUGCGGUACCAUGAUGGUCUGUCCCAGCAUGGUGUUUCUGUUGCACCUCUGCAGAACUUUACAUACAGAUGGACUGUGCCAAAGCAUGUUGGGCCGACAUCCAGUGACCCUCCCUGCCUGACCUGGUUGUACAGCUCUGCUGUGGACCCUGUCAAAGACUCCAGUUCAGGCUUGGUAGGCCCUCUGGUCAUCUGCAAGCCAGGCACUUUGGAUGACAACAACAAACAGAAAGGUAUCGACAAAGAAUUUUACCUUCUCUUCAGUGUGUUUGAUGAGAACCUCAGCUGGUAUUUAAAUGCAAACAUAAAGUACUAUUUGAGGAUGGAAGAGACUUCUGUGAAAAAGGAUGAUGGCUUUGAGGAAUCAAACAGGAUGCAUGCCAUCAACGGAUUUAUGUUUGGUAACUUGCCUGGGCUGGAUGUUUGUGAAGGAGACAAUGUGUCCUGGCACCUUCUGGGCUUGGGCAGUGAAGCAGAUGUACAUGGAGCUGUGUUUCAGGGAAAUACCCUGCAGAUGAAUGGGAUGCGGAGAGAUUCAACCAGCCUGUUCCCCCACACAUUUGCUACUGCCUUCAUGCAACCUGAUAACAAGGGGGUUUUUGAGAUCUACUGCCAGACGAGCAAUCACUACCAGGCUGGGAUGAGGGAACACUACUCCGUUUCCAAGUGCGGCAAGAGGGAUCUGGCUCCUGCCCCUCCGUACAGGGGGGUGCGCACCUAUUACAUCGCAGCAGAGGAGGUGGAGUGGGACUACGCGCCGGACCGGAGCUGGGAGAGGGAGCGGCACAGCCACUCCACAGAGAGCUACGCCGAUAUAUUUUUGAACAACGAGAAUGGGCUGCUUGGCUCCCGGUACAAGAAAGCAGUUUACAGGGAGUACACUGAUGGGACUUUCAAGACUCGUAAGGCCAGGAUGAAUGGUGAUGAACACCUGGGGAUACUAGGUCCUUUUCUGGGGGCAGAAGUGGGAGAGAUUCUUAACAUUGUGUUCAAGAACAAUGCCACACGACCCUACUCCAUUCAUGCACACGGGGUGCUGGAAAGGCAGACAGGGCAGCCACAAAUAGCAAACCCUGGUGACAUAGUGACAUACCAAUGGGAAGUUCCUGAGAGGUCUGGUCCAGGGCCAAAUGAUUCAGCCUGUAUCCCUUGGAUCUACUACUCCAUGGUGGACCCAGUAAAGGAUAUGUACAGCGGUCUGAUUGGACCCCUGAAGGUCUGCCGGAAAGGGGCACUGCAAACUGGCGGGGUCAGAAAGGAUGUAAAGAGGGAGUUUGCUCUGCUGUUCCUGGUUUUUGAUGAAAAUCAGUCCUGGUACUUGGAAGAGAAUGUGCAACGUUACAGUAAGGGAAAUCACAAGGAUAUUGACCUACUGGAUGAAAGAUUUGUGGAAAGCAACAAAAUGCAUGCGAUCAAUGGGAGGCUCUAUGCAAACUUGCCUGGGCUGACCAUGUUCCAAGGAGAUUGGGUGAACUGGUACCUGCUGGGAAUGGGUCAGGAGAUUGAUAUCCACACAGUCCAUUUUCAUGCUGAGACCUUCAUAUACAAGAAUGGCAAAAGCUACAGAGCAGAUGUUGUGGAUCUGUUCCCUGGGACCUUUGAAAUGGUGGAGAUGUUGGCUGGGAACCCUGGGACAUGGCUGCUUCACUGUCAUGUAUCUGAUCAUAUUCAUGCUGGCAUGGAGAUACUCUUCGAAGUCUUGCCUAAACCAGAGCCAGUGCUUGAAGUUCUAAACUACAAUGAAGGGACACCACUGGAGAAUAUGGAUGAGUCCCAGAAGGUCAGGCUUUUUGGAGCUAAGUUGCCUGUAGGGCAGGUAGAAGCUGCAGUCAUCUGUCUAGCUGUUGCAGGCUUGGUCCUCCUCCUGAUUGCUGCUGUCCUUCUGGGAGUUGUCAUCUACCUUGAGAGGCAAAGGAGGCUAAGACGCAACAGGAGGUCUAUCCUGGAUGAUGGAUUCAAACUCAUGUCUCAAAAGAAUUCAGGGCUAUAAAAGCUUUGUACAAACUUCUGGCUGUGUGCUUGGAGCAGAGACUGGGUCAUUGUCUACAACAAAGAUUUUGGGGCAUCAUUUCCAUUGUACACUAGACUUCUAGGAGCUAAGGAGGGAAAGCUGGAGCCCUGACCUCUUUGUUUAUCUUCCUCAUCACUCUGCUCUGUAAUGAAAAUAUCUAUCCAGGAGAGACCUGAGGACCCUUUCAAUCAACUCAAGACAAGCAAAAGGAGUAAAAAGGUCCUUCUAAAAUACUUAUCCACAAGAAAGAGAGGAAAUAUUUCCCAUAUUUUCUUCACUCCAGAACAACUCCACUUGGUCUUUCUCAGCAGAAGAGCUUAGUCCAGAUUCCAGUCUUGCUCCUUUGCCAAAGCCGAGUCGGAUAUUGUCUCGCAACAGACCUGUGAGCCUUUAAAUUAAUUAACCUGAAGGGGGAAAAUAAUCUGUGAUUUUUUUGUGAAUCAAGUAAGAACGCAGAAGAGAAAAUGUUAGUUUAGAGUUGAAUUGCUGUUUUUUGAUGAGUAAUUGGACAGAUGUAAAUUCAGGGCAGUGCAUGUCACAGUGUCUGCGAGAGCUCCACUGGGGAGCAUGACCACAGCUGUGCCUCACCAUCAGCCUCACUGAUGCAUCCUUGUGCUCUCAGUACCUCGGGUGAUGGGUUCUGAUACCACGUGUCCUGUGCCUUGUGCUGGGAGAUCAAGCUUCGCCAGUGCUGCAGAGCAUCCCGGUGACUUCCCUGUGUUGCAGUUCUGCCAGUGAAGUGCUGCACCUCAGCAUCUGUACAGCUCCUUGUGCAGCAGGAGCAAGAGUGCUGUGGUGUUCUGUGAUGUGGUUUGUUCUCUCAAAUACAUUUUACUGAAAUUA